AUGAGAGCCGUUCGAGACAACAAUCUCACAGGCAAUUUUGGAUCAGCGUACAGCGAGGCAGAAUCUGCUCUCGCGACAGCAACAAGCUAUCUAAGCGAUCACCCAACAAGACGAAAAACACAAGAGGACACUUUCACUCCCGGCUCUUGCUCCGACUACGAGGGAGCUGCCUAUAUCAAGGUCUAUACUGCAGACGACAUUGCGCGCCGCCUCAACUACCCGCGAAAGCGCACCGUCAUCUUGGAGCUAAAUAAGAACCUCGUUCUCGACAAGGGUCUGCUGUUCGACUCGCGCUACUCGUGCACUGUUCUGCGUUCCAACAACAUAACCGGAUCCGGUUUUAAGAUCUCUUAUUUCGGAGCGGAUCAGCCGGUAUUGCGGAUAUGGAACACCAGCAACGUGCUUGUACUGGGAGUGAGCUUUUCCCUCGGAGUUCGCACCUCGUCUCCCCAGUGCGUCGGUGUUCCCGAGAACGGCGUCGGGGUAAAUUGCCCUACAAUACACGUCUACAGGAGUUACGGGAUUCAGAUUGCUAAAGGAACAGUGUUCGGGCGCAUUGACUUGUUUCGAAGCAUGUCAUCACGCGUCGACUCCAUGCGCGUCACGGGAGUUCCCGUGUUCAACAAGUCUCCGGGCGUGAUUCGCGUCGCCAUGAGCGGCCAUGGGCCCACGCUGGAGAAGUCGUAUAUCGCGGUCACCAAUAACGAGGUCUACGGUGUCGACACCCCAAUCGUGCUGUACCAGGGCGCCAUCGGCGUGAUAGUGCGAAACAACUACGUGCACGACUUCAUAUUCGCGGGCAUCCGCUGCGGCGCGGACGUGCACUACGCCGCGGACUGCGUGCUCGCCACCAUCUCGUACAACAUCGUGGUGGCUGCUGGGACCAACAGAUCGGGGGAUCAAGAUGCUGCGGGCAUCUACUUCUGCACGCACUUGUUCAGCCCUGCGAAUCUGGCGGAGUGCAACUGCGUGUCCGACGGGGUGGCGACCAAUGCUACUACCUGGCCUGGACUAUGUCACACCAGGCUUUGUGGUCCUCCUGCUGCUGUUGACUCAACCCCCUUCAACCUUGCAGCGAAUCUGGCGGAGUGCAACUACGUGUUCAACGGCGACCACUGCUACUACCUGGACUAUGUCCUGCUAGGCUUGCUGACCUGCUUUCCUUGCAUGUUACCCUCCUGCCACUGCCUGUCCCGAUGCAGCGAACCUGGCGGAGUACAACUACGUGUUCAACGGAGACCAAGCGUCCUGUUGACCUGCUCUCCUUGCAUGUUACCCUCCCCCACUGCCUGUCCCGAUGCAGCGAACCUGGCGGAGUGCAACUACGUGUUCAACGGGGACCACUGCUACUACCUGGACUACGUCACCUCGGGCGUGACGGUGAAUGGCGGGGCGUGUGUGGGCACGUAUGACGGUAUCAAGGUCAACAACGGCAAGUGGUGA